AUGCUCCUAGGUGCCGGCGCAGCCCUCUCCGUACUUUGCAUUGGACAGAUUAACCCGUCUGCUCCGGACGGUCCAAACCUCUAUUUACAAAAAAAAGGUUCGGAUGGGUCAUUGGGGGGAGUGCACCGAACACCAGUGUGACUCACGAAAGCAAAUGUCACUCCACAACCGCCCUGCAAGCUGACCUUACUCGCUUCUGGGAAAUCGAGGAAAGGCUGCAGAUACAAAGACUAUCGGAAUCCGACGUGGCGUGUGAAGAACACUUUCGCAUCCAUACUACACGCAAUUCCGAGGAAAGACCACGGAUACCUAUCCGAAAUCCAGUGUCACGUCCCAGGUCGCUCUAGUCGUGCCUCGCCGGAGAUCCCAGAUCGGAUGGAGGAUACGUCGUAGCUGCGUAGCAGUGUCGUCCCGUCGCAGUCAUCGGCAACAGUCUCUCUAG